AUCUCCCCGCACCUCGAACGGUUCUCACAGUACUCCAAGCUGGAUCGACCUCACCACAUCACCACCGCGAACGGCGCGAAGAUCAGCGUCGUAGGCGAAGGUGCUAUGAGCAUCGAAGUACCAAAUGGCCCCGGAAAGACCACAACCAUCACCCUCGAAAAGGUGCUGCACGUACCUGAUGCCGCCUUCACCCUUGUCUCCCUCCGUCGUGCCGACGAGCGUGGGUUCACAUCCACCAUCGCAGACGGCUCCCUCACCCUC